AUCAUCAUCAUCAGCGCACAACAAAGAGGAAGAAGGAAUUGCUGAGUCAUAAUAUGAUGACGUGAACGCAACGACACGGUCACGUGUUGUCAGUGCAGGCAAAGUGUGUGUGCGCGCGAGGACAGGACUGACAUAACUCGCGCACUCCGAUCAAAUAUCAACAACUCGCAACAAGCUCGAGGCCGUUUCAUCCGCGAGUUCCAGUCAAACCUUCCCUCGAGAAAAGCGCCUGGAAACAAACCCGAUUCAGUCUCGACUUAAAAACGAGCCGUUGAAGGGCCUAGCGCGCGCGCUCGCCCGCAUAUAUCAGCGUUUAAAUAUCAAUAUCACGAAACGCGUGACGCGGCGGCGGUUGAAGUUGCCAGUUGAAGUCCGUAUUCCGUAAAUACUCAUAAGACGGGGUUUGUAGGUUUGUGAUAUGGGCUUGCUGUCACAAGGCUCACCGCUCAACUGGGAAGAGACCAAGAAACAUGCUGACCACGUUAGAAAGCACGGCAUCCUUCAGUUCCUCAACAUCUACAACAAGGUGAAGGAGCGACAGAAGGAUGUGCUGAAAUGGGGAGACGAGGUGGAGUACAUGUUGGUGGAAAUGGACGACAAACAUGAGAAAGCCCGUCUGGUUCUGAACGGGAAGGAGGUUUUGGAAAUCCUGCAGGAAAAGGGGGAAAAGAUCAACCCCAACCACCCGACGCUGUGGAGGCCGGAGUACGGGAGUUACAUGAUCGAAGGCACGCCGGGUCAGCCGUACGGCGGCUCCAUGUCGGAGUUCAACACCGUCGAGGACAACAUGGGGAAGCGGAGGAGAGAGGCGUCGUCUGUGCUCGACCUCAACCAAACUCUGCUCACAGUCACCGCCUUCCCCAGGUUAGGCUGCCCAGGCUUCACGCUGCCUGAACACACACCCACACCUGUGGAAAAAGGAGUGUCGAAAUCGCUUUUCUUCCCCGACGAGGCCAUCAACACACACCCGAGAUUCAGCACGCUGACCAGAAACAUACGCCACCGCCGCGGCGAGAAGGUGGCCAUUAAUGUACCCAUUUUUAAGGAUAAAAACACGCCAUGUCCGUUUGUGGAGACGUUCCCGGAGGACGACGGAGAGGCGGCGCGGGCCGCCCUGCCCGAUCACAUCUACAUGGACGCCAUGGGCUUCGGCAUGGGGAACUGCUGCCUGCAGGUGACCUUCCAGGCGUGCAGCAUCAAGGAGGCGCGCUACCUUUAUGACCAGCUGGCCGUGUUCUGUCCAAUAGUGAUGGCUCUCAGUGCCGCCUCUCCGCUGUAUCGCGGACUGGUUUCAGACAUCGACUGCCGCUGGGGUGUGAUCUCUGCGUCUGUGGACGACCGGACCCGAGAGGAGAGAGGCCUGGAGCCGCUGAAAAACAACAAAUUCAAGAUCAAUAAAUCGAGGUAUGAUUCGAUCGACAGCUACCUCUCCUGCUGCGGCGAGAAAUACAACGACAUUGAGCUGACCAUCGACGAGGAGAUCAACAAACAGCUCCUCGAUGCAGGCAUUGACAAACUGCUGGCCCAGCACAUCGCACACCUCUUCAUCCGAGACCCGCUGUCGCUCUUCCAGGAGAAGAUUCACCUGGACGACGAGAACGAAUCGGACCACUUCGAGAAUCUUCAGUCAACCAACUGGCAGACCAUGAGGUUCAAGCCCCCGCCUCCGAACUCCGACAUCGGGUGGAGAGUCGAGUUUCGCCCCAUGGAGGUCCAACUCACAGAUUUUGAGAACUCCGCGUAUGUCGUAUUUAUCGUUCUCCUCACCCGUGUGAUCUUGUCCUAUAAGCUGGAUUUCCUCAUUCCAUUAUCAAAGGUCGAUGAAAAUAUGAAAGUUGCUCAGAAGCGAAAUGCCGUGCAAGAAGGCAUGUUUUACUUUCGGAAGGACGUCUUUAAAGGCUGUAACCCGAUGUUGGACCCGCCGUCCGCGGCUCAGAACGGGGUGGAGAGCGAGGCGAGCGACGGGGAGGAGUUCACACUCAUGAGCAUCGACACCAUCAUCAACGGGAAGGAAGGGGUGUUUCACGGGCUGAUCCCGAUGUUGAACAGCUACCUGGAGAACAUGGAGGUGGACGUCGACACGCGAUGCACAAUCCUCAACUAUCUGAAACUCAUUAAGAAGCGCGCCUCCGGUGAGCUGAUGACUAUGGCGAAGUGGAUGAGGGAAUUUGUGGCCAAACAUCCUCAGUACAAGCAGGACAGUGUCAUCACGGACAAAAUCAACUACGACCUGCUUCACAAGUGCGACCGAAUCGCCAAGGGGGAGGAGAAGUGUCCCGAGCUGAUCGGAGAGCCGGUUAACAGAGGGAAAUAAAGCCCGCUCCAAACCAACGCGAAUCAGACAUAUAUAAAAAAAUAAAUAAACAAAAAGCUGCUUUGCAUGAGAGCGAAAGACCAAGUAUGUGAUGGCAGUCCAGAAAAAUACUACAACUUCUAAAUAGCAUGUGUUGAUUGCUGAGGUCGGCCAAAGGUUUGUUGAAUUUGUAAAUAGGAGAUUUUUUUAUUAUUCACAAAUUAUUUUAAUAGCUUAAACAGAUCCAUGAUGCAAUUGUACCCGAAUGUGUACAUAUUUCACUCCGGUCUGAGUGUGUGAGAGAUUAUAUAAAUGUAGCAAACACUAAAUUGUACAUUAGUAAUAUUUUCAUUGUCGAAGUGUAAAUACCCGUACUUCAUCAGCCAUUAACAAGUGUACUUUCCUUCUUUUUUAUGGAUGAAACUGUCGGUUCUUCUUUUACUAAACGCAUGUAGACGAGCAUAGAAGUGUGCAGUGCAUUGUGUUUUUCACUAACAAAUUUUGUUGAAUAAUUUUAUUGUUUGAUGGACCGCUACAUUAUAUCAUGUUAGUUGAGGUUUUGCGGUUGUGUUCAGCUGUCUCCACCACUAGAGGGCGCAGAGGCUCUUUUUAAAACCAUAAUGGUUAAAUGAAUUAGAUUAACAUUAUUCUGUAGUUUGUUAGUCUGUAUAUGGCUUGAAAUAAAAUGAUUCCUGUACAUAUUUUCAGCUUAUCGAGUGGCCAACAAUGUCUUUUCUAGACCUUUCAUUCAAGCUUUGGGUCUGCAAUUCUUCAAUUCAUUAAAUGUGUCUGCUGUCAUGGAAGCAAUAAAAGCUUAACAUACAGUAUAAAUGAGCUAUAUUAAGACUUUUGGUGUGCAGCUUCUCAAUGAACAGAUUAAACACAGAUUGUGUAAAA